AUGUUCUUCAAUGUCGUGCUGAUCACAUUCAUCGUACGGAUUUCGCUUUGCUCCUCGCUCAACUCAUUGAUAAGCACCAACCAGCUCAAGGGCCUGAGCCACACCAGGUCAACGUCCAUCCCUGCAACGAAGAGAUCGUAUUCCACAACAAGGUUUCUAAGGUUCAGCGACGCAUCUAAGCACGAUGAUAUUGAUGAUAAUAGCGAAGAGAGAGCAGGGGUUUCUGGGAUAGCAUGGCUUGGUAAUCUGGCAUCCAAGUGGGCGCUGAAGAACACGAGGAAUCCGAUGCAAAUUUUCAAGCUUUUACGUACUGUGAAAACUGGCGGUAAGCUGGAGGGUGACAAGGAAUUUGUUUGGUGGCUUCUGUACGUGAAUCGAUACAGAGCUAAGUUACAAGACAAGGCCUCGUUCAGUGACGACAAGCUAUUUGAUUUGGUGCGGAAACUGAAUUCGGAAGAAGAACUGGUGUCUCUGUUUCAAUCGCUUCGACAUUAUCCGGACAUCAAGAAUAUCGCCGAUGAUAUGCAGGCGUACCUGAUCUUGAGCUCGGCGUCUAGUCACAGACUGAUGAAUGAGGCAUGGUUAAAAUUCCGAGAAACCCCCGAAGUAGUUUUCAAUAUCUUGCGGCUUGAGGAUGAACCUCUGUACGCUCUCGACGGUAAUCCCCUGUUUAUUCAGUGGCUCAGAUACAUUAAAGCAUACAGAGCUGUGAAUGGAGGCGACUCGUUCACAGACGUGCAUGUGUUCGACUUUUUACAUGAGUUUGCUUCCUUGCCGCGAUUUGGAAUAUUUCUUCAGUCGUUAAAGGACAUCCCAGAUUUGAAGAAACUCGCAAAAAGGUUUACAAACGCAGAUUGGCUAACCCCAUCGCAGCUCGAAAAAAUAUUUGGCUCACCGUAUCCAAUCAACUUCGCGGAACUCCCAAAGAGUGAUGCCAGGUACCGCAAUUUGGAAAGCUUCACGGCGUAUUUCGCUGAGUACUGGGGAGGAACAGCAUUAUCGUGA